UUAUGUUGCCAACUUCGUAUUGACAAAUUUUCAAUUAAUUGACAAAGUAUUGGUUAUUUUUCAAAACCUAGCCUGAAAAGGUUUAAUUUUCUAAUAAUUUUACAUAUAUCAGAUUUCAGAUUUAUUCAAAGGCAAUGAAAUAUUUGCCAUUAUUCUCUUUUAAUACAAACGUUAUCUUCAUUAUAUAGUCUAUAAUGUCUGAAUGAAAAAUUACAGAAGUUAUAAUGCAAAUAAGAUUACACGUAUUGCGAAUAUUAUUGAUUCUAUGUGUUUUUCAAAGAGAAGAAUGCACUGCAAUCAAAUGUUAUCAAUGUAGCAGCAAAAAGGAUGAAGAUUGCUCCAUUAAUAAAGUACAUAUUAAAUAUUUAAAAUUGUGUCCGUCAGGUCAUCUUUAUUGUCGUAAAGCUGUUUAUGUGUAUUACUUUAUGGAUUCGUAUAAUGGUCUAAUAAUGCGCGAAUGCGCAAAAUCACGAAAUAGCCAAAAGAAAUGUUAUCAAGGACGUUACACUCGAGAUAGUUAUCAACUUAUCUGUGAAUGCGUGGGUUAUGGCUGUAAUCUAUCUCAACAAUGCUCACCUAACUUACAAAUCUACUUUCUAUGUAUAGUCUUCGUGAUUACUAGUUACUUUUUAUUACCAGGCAUGAUUUAAAUUUAUUAAUCAAAAAAAUUACAACAUAAUAUCUUCAAAAUUUUUUAAAUAUUUAUUUAAGCAAUAUCCUACAGUUACAUUACCUUUUUCUUGUAUAUAUGUUUCAUGCGUGCGUACAGAUUUAUAUAUUGUAAUAAAGAAAAGUAUUAUUGUCUUGUAGUAUUAUUUGUAACAUCACUAAAAGAAAUAUUAAAAAAUUAAUGUAAAAUACAUA